AAUUCGUUGAAUUCUUUUUCCAGAACGUCGUUGGUGAAUGUUGUCGAGUGUUUCCUGUGACUGAAAUAAAAUGUUGUGCAGAACAUUGACAGUUCUCGCGUGUCGACGGACGAUCGCAUCAGCGCGUCGUUUCUCGCUCUCCCGACUGACAUCUACCGACAACUCUGUGAAACAAGUCGAGGAAGACAACUUUAAACUCGUUUUCCGAUUCCCUUACAUCCGGGCAGCAAAACUGGUUUGCCGACUCAAAUUGUACCAAACCGGAGUGACUGUGAUUGCGUUUCCUGCGACGACAGUGAUGCAAAUGCAGGGACUUUUGGAACCUCACGUGUCUGUGACUCUGGGGUUUGUGAGUGUGUUUGCCCUUGGGAUGCUGGGAGUGAUGGGGGAAAUAUUUCGAAAGCUCGUUGGGAUUUUGUACGUCAACGAGGCCACGAACGAGGUGAAGAUUGCGCAUUUGACCUUUUUUGGGAGUCGGAAUGAUAUCGUGGUGCCUAUGGAAGACAUUGUUCCGAUGUCCGACUCUUCGGAAAACGUCAACGACGCGUAUGUGAAGCUGAUGCGGUAUUCGACGAAAGAUCCGUUUUACGUGUGCUUCAAGUACGGAGGAGUGGAAGACAAACGAUCGUUUCUUUCCUUGAAUAAUUCAUCGAGUCCGGGGGAAAAGUACGUUUCGGUGCCUUGUUCAGACUUUGGAGCAAAAUUUAACGUUUUCAGUGGUCAUGAUGAUGAUGAUGGUGAUGCGAUGAGUUGGGCAGUGUCGAUCGUUGGCUCCCAGGAGUGGAAGUGUAUUCCCGCGCGGGAAGAAGUGUCGGACGCCGGAUCCGACGAGGAAGCGGAAAUCAUCAAGUACGAAAACAAAGUUGCCGCGUUUUACGAAACCAUCGUGUCGAAAAACAAGGGACUCACUCCGAUAGGCAAGAAGUUCGUCGAGCGUCCGACGACGAGCGUGGACGACGAGGAGGACGACAACGACGAGACUGAGGACGACGAGGAAGCGGAAGAGGAGGAAGAAGAAGAGGAAGAGGAACUUGACGUUGAAAUGCCGUUCGAGCCUCAAUCCGCAGGCCUCAACUGA